CAUGGCAACCAGUUGCAAACUAUGUCAAUGUAUUGCGAACUGCUAGAGAGAGACUAGAGAGUAUCUAGAUCUAGAAUAAAUCUAGAUCUAUCCUGUUUUGGUUCACGACCAGAUCUAUUCUACAUCUAAAUCUAUACUAUAUCUAGAUCUAGAAUCUAGUAAUAAUUUGCAGCUAUGCCUUUGAUUGUUAAAGAUUUUCACUGGGAGCAGUCUGAAAUUAUUUUAUGGAUAACUAUCCCUUUAAAAGGAGUGAAAGCUAACAAAGUGGACAUUAUUUUAUCCGAUAAUUAUUUAAAAGUGAGUUUUCCACCAUAUCUCUUUGAAUGUUUUUUGGCUUAUUCUGUUGAUGAUAACAAAGGAUCAGCUGAAGUAGGAAAUGGCGUUGUACUCUUUACAUUAUAUAAACAAGUACCAAAAAUUUGGGAAUCAUUAACCUCACCAGAUGCAUCUAACACCAGCAAAGCAAAAGAAAUAAGAGAGGAGGCUCAGAAAAGAAUUCAACAUAGAUUUGAAAAAAAGCAAACAGAAUUACUUGAAACAAAGAGAGAACAUGGUAAACUAGCAAUCAACGAAAUGAUGAAAAUUGAGGAAGAAGACAGACAAAGGAUAGAACAAAUUAAAGUCAGUGAAAGAUUAAAAGCAACCAAAGAUCUUGAAAAAUGGAAAAAUGAACAGAAACUGCUUACUGAACAAGAAAAGAGCAAGCUACUUGCACAGCAAUAUAGUAUAAAUAAGACCAAUAAAUUACAAGAUAAAAAUGAAGGAAAGAAACAAAAAAGAAUAAAAGCAGCAUGUAUUUUUGUGAAACAUGCAAAAGAAGGACAAGAGCCACCUAGAGAAAAUGGUAAAAUUACUGUUACCCACACACCCCGUAUAUUCCCCACACCAACAAGAGAGUCACAGGUGCAUCAAGAAGAAGAGUGGCUUAAAAAACAAUCAAAUGCAAGACAAGCGAUUCAGCAAUCACUGGACAAUGAUUUAACAGAACAGGAAAAAAAUCCCCAGUGGCUCCAAGAUAAAGGAAACUCAUUUUUUGCUGCAGGGGAUUUUAAGUCUGCUGCCAAUGUCUACACACAUGCUAUUCAUUUGACUCCUAAAUUGGCAGCACUUUAUUCAAACAGGGCAGCUUGUCAUUUAAAAAUGAGAAAUUUUUUUAAAUGCAUUGAGGAUUGUUCUAAGGCUAUGGACCUGCUAUUUCCUCCUGUGCCUCAGAAUGCUGCAAGUCGUUGCAAGGCGCUUAUAAGGCGUGGAACAGCAUUUUGUCAUUUGGAAAUGUAUGUUGAAGGCUUGAGGGACUAUGAAUGUGCUUUGCAUAUCGACCCUAACAAUACUGAUGUGGCAGUGGAUGCUGAGAGAAUAAGGAAAAUUAUACAAUCUACAGAUGAUAUUCAUAGGCCAUGAAUAUGACACGCAAUAUUGAUAAGCCAUGCAAUUUAAUUUGAAAAUAAAAACUAUUUCUCUUACAAGUGCCAUUUAAUUUUACAAGAAACAGUAUUUUUUAAAUUAAUGCCCUUUUCUAAUUUUGUGUGUGAUACAGCUUACCUCAAUUUUUAAUAUCUGGGUUAUACUUUCUUUGAUUAAAUAUAAUUUAAAUGCUGUUUGCAUUUGUAAAUAUAAGGUUGAUGUGCACUUCUAGACUGCAGCUCUAAAAAGCACUUGAUUUUAACAAAGAUAGGUUUUUUUACAGGCUUUUAUUUAACUUGUUUCCUCUGUCAUCAGUCUGUUGUCAUAUAGAUAAAAAUACUCUAGUGAAAUUUUAGGCAUUUAUAACUAAAAGAUUUGUUUCAAAGUUGGAAAGUCGGUCAAAGCAUUAAGACAAUGCAAUCUGACAUUAAAUUUGACUUAAUUGAAUGCCUAAUAAUUUUUUAUGAAUUAAUUAAAAUUUGUCAAAAUUAGUAGACAGUCUUGUCCAACUAUUCCACGCUAUUAUAUGCGCUUUAUCAUGUUCAUUAGCCUUGCGAUAGUUUUUAGUCAUGCAACUCUAUGGGAAAUUUUAAAAAAUUUAAAAUGAUUUUCUUUAAAUACAUAAUAAUACACUACUAUUUAAAGAACUAUAAAGUAAAGUGUGGGUCUCUUCCUAAAUAUUAGUAAAGGUAUCCAAUAGAUAAUAAAGUAACCCACUCUUUUUUUAUAGUUAUUUAAAUAGUUUAUUAUAUAUUAAAAGAAAAUUAUUUGUUUUCUACUUUUUAGUGCAUUAUUACAAAGUUUGUUAUUAAAACGUUUUUUAUGAA